GUGACACACAAUUCGAUCAGAUGAACUCAGAAGUUACAAUUGGAUAGUCGAUUGUGGUAUCUAAAUUUGCCCGUACUUUUAAACAAUAUUAAUCGCGAGUUUCUUAAAGUAAAGUGUAUAAAGUGCAAUAUAAAAUGAAUAACAAGAAAAAUAAAAGUAAAAAUCGCAGUAAUCCUGUUAAAUCGACACAGGAAACAGUACCUAUGAUAGAAAAGUUAAGUGAAAUUGAAACUGUUAAAUCAGACAACUUAAACUCAGAUGAAGUUCGAGUGCCAGACAUAGAAGUUGCGCCAACUACUAUGGCAGAAAAUGACCCAUCUGCAAAUAUUACUCCUAAAAAACCCAAACGAAGCAAAGGUAAGAAGAAAAAAGAAGUUCUUCUGGAAGAUGUCAAAAACACAGAAGAAAAAGAUGAAAACACAUCAGAUGUUAAGGAAAUAUUAGACAGUAUUGAAAUUACGAAAGAAAAUUUAGAAGAAAGCACUCAAAUAAUACCAUGUGCAAGAAAAAAGAAAAAAAAGGCAAAAAAACUAGAUGAAAAAUUAGAAUGUGACAAUAUCGUAAAACUUAACACAGCAGAAACCGAUACUGAAGAUAAAUCUUUGAAACUGAAAAAUGAUGAAAGCGUUCCACUUGAUAUCGAAAAUUUAUCUGAAAAUGUUGAUGCUAAGCAUAAAGAUGAUACACCCAAGAAAAAGAAAAAAAAGAAAAAUCGACAUGAGUCAGAGAAAUCAGACAAGUACGAUCUGGGUACAUCUUUUCAAAAAUUAAUUGAACUGCCAAGUGAAGUCGAUAAAGGUAUUGAUAGCGCAUGCACUCAUGGAACAAAAGAUAUUGCAAUGAAAAAUGUAAUUGAGUUAACAAAUACGCCAGGCGAUAAAAAAGAUCAAGUUUGUGUGGAUGUAAUACCUUUAGAUUCGUCGAUUAAAUAUAAAAACCAAGAAAAAGAUCCGCCUGAAAAACAUGCAUCUGUAGAAACAACAGAAUCAAUAAUUUUAAACGAUGAAAAUUUACCGUUGGAAAGUUUAGAAGGUGAAAUAGUUACAAAAGAUAACAUCUCUAAACCUAAAGCUAAAAUUAUUAAACCUGUACAAAAGAAAAGUCAGCAGAAGUCAAAAAGUGAAGCUCAAAAGCCGUUAGUGGAUUUUGACACAACUUCCGAAGAAAACGUUAAUAACGAAAUAUUAAAACCAAUCUCACCUAUUCUAGAAAUAUCGAAUAAAGAAGGAGAAAUUAUAGAAUCUAAAGAUCCAGAUACAUUGUGUAACAGUGACGAAGCUUUAGAGUUCGUUGAAGUAAAGACGACAAAAAGUAAGAAAAAACGUAUCAAAAAUGCAAUAAGUCCUGUUCCAUCCAAGCCAAUUGAUAUUACACAAGAUUCAGGUGAAAAUACUCAAAAUAUAGAUAUUGAAGACAAAAAUACAAUUAUAUCUGAACAAGUGAAUCCACAUAAAUAUAUAACUCCAGAUUUGAUUGAAUAUCCACGGUCUACGAGCCAAUUAUGUGUUGACAGCAAUAAUAAUACUUUGAUUCAAGAGAUAACUCAAACGGAAGAAGUUAAAUUAGAAGUACCUCACGAUAUACCAACACCUAUCAUUCAAGGGUCAGGGGAAUCACCAGAUAUAAAUACAAAUAAUAAUCCUGUUAUAGAUGUAACAGAAAUUAUUUCUCAACCAUGUAGUGACAGAGUUGACCUUAUAUCAGCAGAAGUAAGGAAUUUAUCAGAAAAGACUGAUAUUAAAUCUAAAAUGAUUGAAGUUAAUCGUGAUAUGGAGGAAUUAAGGCGGUCUAUCGAAAGAUCAUUAGGUAACCUAUCUUCUAUUGAAAAAAGUGAUACUGAAGUAGAAAAAGAAUUUGAACAAUUAUUUCUAAGUCAAUCCGUGGAAGAAGUGAUAACGGACAAGGUAAAUGAUGCCAAACAAAUAAAAGAAACGGAAACAAAUGUCAUUAAAGAUGUUGAAAAUAUUAAAGAAACUGAGAAAAGUGAUCUGAAUGUUGCAUCUAAGACAAUAGAAUCAACAAAAUCCGAGGAAAAUAUAAAACAUAAAAACAGUGGUAUAUCUUGUGGAGUGGAAUCUUUAAAAGUAGCUUCAGUAACUGACGAUAAACCAACAGAAAAUACCGUUGCUGAAGUACUAAACGUUCCACCGACCUGUCCAGCUAGAAGAGACAAAAACAAAACUAAAUCAAAAAAGAAGGGUAGAGAAGAAGUUGCAACAGUUAAAUCUAACACCCCCAACACUUCUGAAACUCAAACGCCAAAUGUUGAAAAAGUCAGUAACCAAACUUCAGAAAAAUCCAAGUCAAAAUCAAAAACAACUAAAGAAAAAGGGAAACAACAAGCAUUAAGUAAUGAAAAUGAUUCAACAAAUUUAGAUGUAUCUUUUGAACCUAUUGAAAAUUUCGAAGACGCUUUAACUUCAAGUGUAGAUGACGUCAACAAAACUUUUGAAAUAAUAGCCAAAGAUGCUACCCAAUCCGUUGAUUCAACAGAAUACCAUAACAAUCCAAAAAUAAACAUAAUUUCACCAGUCGAAGACACUGAAGAAGAAAAUAAACAAGAUAGCAGGCAAAAUCCUAUUACACGUCCAAAAAACUUAUUAGGCCACCCAAAUAUUCCUGCAUCAUCGAAUAAAAAUGAAAUUAAAAAUGAAAAAUUUACCCCACCAAAUUUAAUACAAGCCAAGGUAAAGAUCAAAGAUUCGGUUGAAAUUGAAAAACCUACAAAUAAUAAAUUGCAAACUGAAAGCAAAACAGGAUUAAUAAAAGAAUCUAACACAGCUCAUACUACUUGCCUCAUGAAAACAAAUGAAGAUUUAAUCUAUAAAUAUAGUUUUCGUAAAGUGUUUCUUCAGAAUACGUGCAAUGUAUGUCAGAAAAAUCUAGACCACAGAUUUCCUUGUAAAUUCUGUUCAUUAGUGUUUUACUGCAGCCAAAAACAUAAGGAUGAAGACUGGUCAAACCACCAGUCACUAUGCUUUGCGGUGUCUACUAUAGCACAUUUGAAAGAACAAAAACAUAUUUACGCGGACGCCAAUAACAUAUCGAAUCAUAAUUAUCGCAUAUUGAGAAUGCAGACCAUAUUAUCAUGUGAGAAGAUUUUAAAUAGAAAGCUGGUACCAUGGGAGCAGGAGACACUUCUAUAUCCCAGAAUAUGUUCUGAUGCGAAUUGCAGACAAUGGAAACAAGAACAAUUAAAGGACUGUUCUGGAUGUGGUCAGAUAUCAUUCUGCAUUGAUAAUCCUGAGCAUCUGCCGUCGUCACAUCAGCGUUGGUGUAAAUCGUAUGCUCUGUAUCAAAAGCUUGUGAAAUAUCAGCUGACGAAAGGACGGUUGGAACCUCCACUUCCGACGAAGGUCUUGCAUCACUACAAAAUUCCAGAGAAGAUAAAUGACGUUUUAGGAUCACUGUAUGAAGAGAAAAUUGAUAUCGACGACAUUCAGUAUGCAGCUCUUACGCAGAUCACAACAGCUCCAUUGACCGCAGCUUAUAGCCAUCAACUUUAUUUUAGCAAAAUAAACGCUAUAUGCGUUAAUGGGACAAAAAAGAAUUCCAUUUUCACCAUCCACAUGAUCGGCGCUGAGAUUCCAUUCGAAGCAGAUUCCCUCAACAAAUGGGAGAAAUUCUUCUUGCAUCUGAGGUCUGAUGUGCAAGAUUUGAGGGUGGUGAUGAUUGGUCCGGAUAUUAACUCAUCUAAGUUGCCACUAGAUUUGCUUGCAAAAAUUAAGGUUUGUGAAAACUGUGAAACGAACAAUCGACGUGUGUUAUUUGAUUUUCAUGAAAAUGAAAAUUACAACGAAUAUUAUUUAAGCAACGGUUUUGUUACACCUGACAUAGUAUGUGCUUUCAACCCAAAUAUACAUAGAUCAUCUUUACAAGAUCCAGAAAUAAUAUGGCCCUCUACAAUAAGCUGCAUUUUAAAACAACGAGUACCAUUUGUCGUCACUUCCUAUUCCAUAGAAGAAUUAAGGAGGGAUCUAGGAAAAAUAAGAGAGUGCGCAAACUUCGAUUUUAACAUAGUAACUGAAAUUAAACAUAAUCCUUUUGGUAGUGUAAGACCUGACAGGAAUUUUAUCACAGACCAUGAAAUUCCGUUUCUUUUUAAAAAUUAUUGCUUUUGUAUCCUGUGUGGUACCCUUUAACCUGUGUGGUGCCUACUUUAAAUUUAGAUUACGAUUUGUAGUUUUGUACCUCUUAAAUCCAAGUGAAACAAAAAAAACUUUUCACAAUAAAUGUAUCUUUAAAUAA